AUGCUUGGGAAGCCAUUGAUACUCUACAUUGCGGCACAUGAACGUUCACUUGGAGCACUACUUGCUCAAGAGAAUGAGGAAGGAAAGGAACAAGCCUUGUACUACCUUAGUCGAACUCUGAUAGGAGCUGAGUUGAACUAUGCGCCUGUUGAGAAAAUAUGGUUAGCGUUACUUUACGCAAUAAAGAAGCUAAGGCAUUAUUUUGAAGCAUACACCAUCAAACUCAUCUCUCGAGCAGAUCCCGUAAAGUUUGUAAUGACUCAACUUGUUCUUUCUGGAUGCCUAGCAAGAUGGUCCAUAUUGUUUAACCAAUAUGAGAUCACAUACACACCUCAAAAAGAUGUGAAAGGACAAGCACUAGACAAUUUUCUGGCUUAUCACUCUCUUCCAGCGGAAUGGGAGCUUUCGGGUGAGUUUCAAGAUGAAGACGUUUUGUUCAUCAAAGAAUUGCCACCAUGGACAAUGUUCUUUGAUGGAUCUGCACGUCGUAACGGUGCGGGGGUGAAACAUGCUCCAACAAUGCCGCAGAGUACCAAACUUGAUCGUCGAUUCGAAAUAGCAUUAGAAAUGAAGAUUCUACAGUUGGAGAUCUACGACGACUCUAAGCUGAUCAUCAAUCAACUUUUGGGGAGUUACGAGGUAAAGAAGGAAGAUCUAUUGCCAUAUCAUCAAUAUGCUUCUUGUUUACUUGAAAAUUUCGACCAAGUGUUCUUAAACCACGUCCCAAGAGAAAAAAAUCACGAGGCUGAUGCUUUGGCUAACUUGUCCACGACGAUGGCACUUGGAGAGAAUGCAUCAACAAACGUAUUCACUGAUCAUUCGCAGUCUUCAGAUUUGUUCAAGCAAAAGGAUCUUAAUUUGAGGUAUCGGGUUGGAUGGAUUGAAUCUGGAUUGGCUUUGGUGAAGUUUGAGGCACUUAGUCUCUUUUAA